CAGACUGGUGAGAGGAGUCUACUUUUUUAUGCUCUCGGUAUUAAGUUCCCUGUGGAAGAAUGGCACUUUAUAAGGAAGAUAGCCAGGACGACGCAUCUGAAUGCCCGGUGUGUUAUGAGUGUCUUUCGGGCACUGAACGAACAUUAAGCUGCGGCCACGUUUUCUGCCACGAUUGUCUAGUCAAAACGCUGGUGACAAUCAACAGCGAUGGAAAUAUCAGAAACACGAUCGUUUGCCCGAUCUGUCGACAUCUUACAUUCAUCAAGAAACAAAAUAAAGCGCUGAAGUCGCUCGCUGCAGAUAAGGAACGAGAAGAGCGGCAGACCCUGGAGGUGCCUCUUCCUUCGCCGCUGGGACAGCUCCAGAGCGCACGGCCAUCCUCGGGAGACAGUUCACCGAGUGGCGUGAACUGGAUCACUCGCUGCUUCAGAGACAUUUCUAAGCGAGUUCGCCAACAGAGGCGAAUCAGCCCCUGUCAAAAGGCAUCCCAGAUAUUCAUCAUAAGCUCCCAAGGGCGGCCUAUGGCUGAAGGGGAUGCACCCGGUGUGGUGUUAACCGUGAGUCCUCGCCAACGAAGGCGCAGGAUUUGUACGACAACAGGAUGGUUGCUCUGCCUGCUUUCUGCAUUUACUUUACUCGCACUGACUGCUUCGAUUUUCCCCUGGCUUGUAUUGAUGUAGCCCAGUGAUGUGGAUGCCUUGGUUAAAGUGCCAUUAUUGAUAUUUAAAGAAAGAAACACGAUGAUUGUACUCAGUGUACAGUAUUACUGAAAAUGGAUACCGACAGUAUACUGAGAUACUUGGGAUUUGGACUGUUAUCAGUUUUUUUUUUUUCCCUGGUUGUUUGGAUAAGCAAGUUUAUACAUAUGCCGUGUCAUUUUAUGUGAAUUGCUAAGCAACUGUUUACCUUAGGGAUGUCUUCACAGCAAAAUCUUUUGUUCUGCAUUCCUGUCUAACGUGUUCAAUCUGCUGGAGAAGCAAACCUCACACCCAAAAAGUGGUAAAUAUAAUAAAAGUGGGCAUCAAAACGUUAUAUUUCAAAGACUAAAAAACUUGUUAAAAAGCAAAAAGCCUCAUUUUUAUUGCCUUGUUUGUUUCCCUGUUUCCAAGCAGCAGAAAAUGCCAGGCUGCACAUUUAAUCCCACUUUUUAGCAUUGUUUUAUUUGUUUACAUUUGUCCUAAAUAGAAAGUAAAGACGUUCCAUUUGACCCAAGUCUAUUUAUUUUCAUAGAGAAAAUGAGACAACAGAACUUGAAAAAGAAAAUCACAAAUGACAGAAAGUCUGAGAAAGUCUUAAUGCUUUUGAACAAACACGGUUUCACAUUACAAUGCAGUGAUAAACUUAGGAGGAGCCUCAUGACAAAUGGAAAGACUUGUUUGAGCUGUGCCGUUAUCCACUGCCAUCCCGGGUAAACUGUACACUCCUAGUUUCUCUCUGUCAGUCUGUAGUUGGUCGUCCUGCGAGCCAGUCCUACAGGUUACACACCUGGGAGGCUUCUUCCUUUAUACGAUCUGUGUGAUUUUCAUGUUGAUGGAUGGUCCCACAAUAGCAAUAAAGUUUUAA